AUGGCCGAUUCAGCAGCAGCAGCUGCUGCAGCAGCAGCAGCAGCAGCAGCAGACGAGAAGCCUUCGCCCCAAAACACGAAUGCUGCAGCAGCAGCAAGCAGCAAACCCAGCCCUCCCCUUUCGUGGGCCCAGCGGGCGGCUCGGGCCUCUGCUGCAGCGGCGUCGGCGGAGCCCCCUGAGAAGCCCGCAGCAGCAGCAAAGCCAGCAGCAGCAGCAGCAGCUCCCCGCGCUGCAGCAGCAGCUGCUGCUGCUGCGGGGCCCCCUGCAGUCCCCCAGUUCGCCCGCGCCAGCAAAGAAAGACCCAUAAUUGUGCUGGACGCGGGGGCCCUGCUGCGGGUGGAGGCCCUGGAGAAGUUUCGGGACUUUUGCUGCUUCAUCACAACAGCAGCAGCAGCAGCAGAAGUGCGGGAAGCAGCGGCGCGGCAGCGGCUGCAGCAGCAGCAGCAGCUGCUGCUGGCUGUCCAUACACUCGAACCCUCAGCAGCAGACCUGCAGUGGGCCCGCAAGUUCGCAGAUAUGACUGGAGAUCUUCCUUUUUUGUCUCCGACAGAUUUGGGAAUUGUUGCUCUCACUUACAUGCUGCAGCGAGCCACGGGAGAGACACAAAACCUCAAACUCAAACCCCCGGCUUUCGAGUUCUUUUCCGAGCUGCUGCUGCAGCAGCAGCUCGACAGCAGCGCAGCCCCAACGCAUGCAUGGACGCUGCAGCACACCCAGGGGCCCCGCGGCGCCCACGCAAAACCCGCAGCAGCAGCAGCAGCAGCAGCAGCAGCAGGGGCAGGGAGGGGGGCUGCUCAGGGCGAAGGGGACGCCGAGCAGCAGCAGCAGCAGCAGCAGCAGCAGCAGCAGCAGGAAGAAGAAGACAGCAGCUCUGAGUAUACUGAGGAUGACAUGGACCCAGAGGAGGGGUGGGUCACGGAGGAAGUGCUGCGAGCUCAUUUGGGCCUCAAGGGCCUCUCGGGGGCCCCCGCGGAGGCCCCCCUGGGGGCCCCACAGGCUCUUGGGGAGGCCCCUGAGGGGGCCCUUCCAGCUUCUCUCCCUGAGGGGCCCCCUGGGGGCCCCCCUCAGGGGCCCCCUCAGGGGCCCCCUGUGGGCGGGCCUGAAGGGCUUGCUGAGGAGGCCCCCUCGGGGGCCCCUUCGGGGGCCCCCGAGGGGGCCCCCUCGGGGGCAUCGGGGGCCUCGGGGGGCCCCUCGGGGGCCCCCUCGGGGGCCCCCUUGGGGGGCCCUGAGGGCGCGGAAGAGGCGCAGGUGGAGAGCGUUGCUGCUGGUUUUGAGGGUUUGGAGUUGAGGGCUUCGGAACAGAAAGUGGAGGAGUUGGUGCAGUGCAUGACAACAGACUUUUCAAUUCAAAAUGUGCUGCUGCAGAUGGGGCUGGGGGUGGUGGCAGUGGACGGGCGAAAGAUAAAGACGGUGAAGGUGUGGGCGCUGCUGUGCAGGGCCUGCGGGCACAUAGAGCGGAAGACGCGGCUGCUGUUUUGCAGCAAGUGCGGCCACCACACUUUAGAAAGGGCCCCUCUCUACUUCGACAAAGAAACGGGAAAGGUAUUUGUUUUUGAUGGGAAGAGAAAGUUCUCCAAGAGAGGCCAGAUAUACAGUAUUCCGAAAAACAAAGGAGGCAAACACCAGCGGCCGAUCAUUCUGGCAGCAGAUCAACUGAUGAUGGGGGGCCUCAACCGCGAGCUGCGCCAUAGAGAAAAGCUUUGGAGAAAAGAUGUAGAAUCUAAGAAUCCCUUUUCGCCUAACUACUGCCUAGAGGCCCAGAGCUGGCACAUGAGAGCCUUUACGGCGUCUGGCAGAGCUGCUGCUGCGCCACCCCCAAGAGUGGUGGUUCUGCCUGCUCAACAGGCAGACAGGAAACUAACUGAUGGAUCACUCAAUGAUAUGAAAACAAAGUAA